AUGAAAUCCUUUGCUACUCUCGCGCUCUUAAGUGGCAUUGCCAUCGCGCAGUCAACCACAGUCGACGUCUUUCUCCUCCCACCAAAUUACAGCGCGUCCGUCGUCACUGUAGACGCUACAGCCACAACUAUGGUCUUGUCGUGCCCAACCGACGCUCCCGAAGACCCUGACGAGUUUGACGGCUGCUAUGCCGAUGCCUUUACUGUCACUGCUGGCCCGGAACUUUUCUACGCAGAGUUUACAGAAGCUUUCGGCGAGGAAAGCAACAGUAUCCCCGUCGUGACGGCGACUAUUUCUUGUAGCAUUGGCGGCACUACCACCGCGAGCUGCGAUCAGACAAUGAUCGGCACUGUCGAAGGCGAGGUCCUGACAACAUCUUUCGCAACGGAAUACAGCAGCGGAGAGCUCGUGUUCAGCCCUGCUACUGUUACUGCCGGCGCCGACAAGCUAUCUGCUGCUACUGGAUCGCCCGAACCUACUUCCGAUUCUCCAUCGUCUAACCCAUCGUCGCCUGCGCACACUGGUUCUCUCAUCACUCGUACUACCCCAGCUCCUACUGGUUCUCAACCCACAGGCGGUAGCCCAACAACUGAAGGCUCUGCGCCUGCUGACACCGGCGCUGCGUCCGCGAAUCUCAUCCGUGGCGCAUCAAUCGCUGGCCUUGCCGGUGUCGCCGCCGCCAUGCUGGCAUUGUAA